UUGCAGAUUGCGAAGGAGGUAGCCUCUGCUUCAUUCUUUCCUUUCGAGAAACGUGCAAAAUGGCGGAGUACGAUCUUACGUCGAAGGUUGGGCAAUAUUUGGACAGACAUUUAGUAUUUCCGCUGAUAGAGUUUCUUUCUGGAAAAAAGAUCUAUGAUGAAGAUGAGCUACUUCAAGGAAAAAUUGAUCUUUUACAAGAUACAAAUAUGGUUGACUUUGCCAUGGAUGAGUACAAAAGACUACAUGAAGUAGAAGAGGUUCCUGAAGCAAUGGUUAAGAAACGUGAAGUUGUUGUUCAGAACUUGAAAGAAUUGAUCGUGAAGAUUGAAUUAGUCACGGCUGCACUGGAAAGUGAUGAUUUUAAAAACUUUACUCAAACAACAAGAGAUGGAAGAGCACUGUUUGAAUAUCUGAAAACCAACUUUAAUAUCACACGAGAAAUGGUAGAGGAUUUGUACAACUAUGCCAAGAUUCAAUACGAAUGUGGCAACUAUGAGGAGGCAACGGAAUAUCUCUAUAUUUACAAAGUCUUGGAUGAGAAAAACAGCUUAAGUGCAAUGUGGGGUCGACUUGCGUCAGAAAUCCUGCUUCAGCACUGGGACCCAGCCAUGGAAGAGUUUUCCAGACUGAAAGAAGUUAUCGACGGUGAUUCGUUUUCUUCUCCGCUGAAGCUGUUGCAGCAGCGCACAUGGCUGAUACACUGGAGCCUGUUUAUCUUCUUCAACCACCCAAAAGGCCGAGAUAAACUUAUCGAAAUGUUCCUUUACCAACCACAAUACCUCAAUGCUCUGCAAACCACUUGUCCACAUAUUUUACGUUAUUUGACCACGGCUGUUAUUACAAGCAAAAACAGACGACAGCUGUUGAAGGACCUCGUGAAAGUCAUCCAGCAAGAGUCGUACACAUACCGGGAUCCCAUCACAGAGUUCAUCGAAUGCUUGUAUGUCAACUUCGAUUUUGACGGUGCACAGAAAAAACUUCGAGAAUGCGAACAGGUUCUUGUAAAUGAUUUCUUCUUGAUCGCAUGUCGUGAUGAUUUCAUUGAAAAUGCCCGUCUCUUCAUCUUUGAGACAUUUUGCCGUAUUCAUCAGUGUAUCAGUAUUAGUAUGCUUGCAGAGAAGCUUAACAUGACACCAGAAGACGCCGAAAAAUGGAUUGUAAAUUUGAUUCGAAAUGCUACGCUUGAUGCUAAAAUCGAUUCAAAAGAGGGCCAUGUUGUCAUGGGUACCCAAGCAGCCUCGGUCCAACAACAAGUUAUAGAGAAAACAAAGUCGACAGUUCAAAAGACACAGCAUCUGAUGCUGAAUAUGGCAAAGAGGCUUGCGCCACCCGCCCACCAAGUCCAAGAACCGUUUGCGAUGGUAUGGAGUACGGACAUGUGAAGAGCAUCAUAACUCGGUUGAAUAGACGAAAUGUACUAUUUAUUUUCGAAGUGUUCAUCAAAUCUCUUUAA